AUUGUCCAUAGCCAUGUGGGAGCUCUUCGGCAGGCAGUGCUUGCGCAGUCCCCUGUGGGUCUAGUUCUCACCUAGCUUACAUGCUGGCUCACCAGUCAUCCGUAAUUCUCCUUUUUCUUUCCUUGCCCUGCUGUAACUAAAAGCUUCAUCAGGUGAAAACACCUCGACUGCAGACGAUCAUGAAACCAUAGCUGACCAAACGCAGCUGGACCCAGUGAAGCAUGAGAGUCUUGCCUCUGAGGAGACAAACCUGGGUGAGCCUCUGCCAGAAGAAGAGGCGACAGCCAUGAUUCUGGCCAUAGAGGAGAAGAUGGAUUCAGUCAGUAAAAGGGAGGAGCCAGAGGGCACCGAGCCCCUGCCUGCAGGAGCAGAGGAGAGCUCUGAGCUGCCAAUUGUGUGGCAAGAGGAGAGCAAUGUGCCUUCACUUCCAGGACCUGGAGAAGAUGCUGGAACACCAUCACCAGGACCAGCAGAGGACAGCGGACUGGUGGAGGGCAGUGACAGCUCUGUAGUGGAAAUCAUCGAGAAAGUACAUAUUGCUGAAGAGGACCACCUCAUUGAGGGUGAGACGGGAGAACAGGUGGAAAAUGAGCUGCUCAGUGAGACAGUAAGCGGGGGGCCUGAAACAAAAGAAGAAGAAACAGGAGAAGCUGUGGAUAGUGCAGCAGCAACAGAGAUAGGGACAGCUAAUAACAAGGAAUAGAAUUUAUGUCUCUGUGAACAUCCUCUUCUUGGGCCUGCUCUUCUGUCAGCAUGAACACUUUCUAAUGUUACUGGGUUGGGAAAAUAGAAAAGCUUUUACGGAUUGAGCCACGAGCCACAAGCCACAGAGAUCAGUAAGAGGCAUCAGAAGUUGUUUUAUAUGAUAUACAUUUUUUGAAGUCAAGCUGCCAAGACUUCAAGUGUUUGGAAUACCUGAGCUGUCACCUCCCUGCCACAGAGCACCUUCAGUACACGGCCAGCACAGUGGGAUCAUUUUCCAACAGCAGAACAACCAUUCAGCUUUCAAUAAGGAUUUUUUCCAGGUUCAGAUAAGUAACUUCAAACCUUUGAAACCUCCAACGAGCAUUCUAUAGCAUAAAGAAUACAGUGUAGCUCUUUUUUUUCCAUGGUAGGAUGCAGGCAAUUUAUCUGAGUGCCUGGACUACCAGCAUAUGGAGCUGCUGAAGUGCAUAGCACGUAGAGGACCAGAAGAUGAAAGUGCCCAUUUAGCAGGCUGUAACUAAAUGCAGAGGUUAGUUUUCCAGCAAAUGGAAGAUCUACAGGGUGCAGUGUCCAGGACUCAAGGGGGUGUCUGCUGCUCGCUCUCCCAUUUUUAAAAAUAAAUUGAUUGAAAGGCCAGUAGUACAAUAUAUGUGAUGGCUUUUGCAGAAACAGGAAGAACAGGCGUUUUAUCUAUGAGAGGGAUGUUUUAGUUUUACAAAUCUUAGCACACUUGAAAUAUAAAGAUAACUUCACAGCAUUGAUGGUGAUUAAUAACCUGUCUUUAGCUCUGUAGCUCCUAAUACACAUUUUUGGCUUCUAAAAUAAAUUUCGAAACAGAGACAUAUAUAAGCCUGUUCCCAAAGGAGAGGUCAUCUAUUAUAUUUCCCUGCAGUGCAGUCCUCCAGGAGCAGUUUGCUUCCAGGGACCACCUGAGGUAUUUUCCAAAAUGCUAAAUAAUCAUUUUGGAGCUGAAGCUGAAUGACAAAGCUUUCAAACAAAUUUCCUGUGAAAACAGGCCCUCAAUGUAAUUGGUGCUAUGGAUCAGAUAGAGAACAGAAAUGUGUUCUGAUGGUAAAUGUUGCAAAGCGACUAUCUAUUAUAUGUUACUGGGGACUGUGUUUACAGGAUUCUCUGGCAUAAGGAAGUAGAACACGGAGAAAAAGGUCAGUCGUCUGACAAGGGCAAGCACAUGUUGCUGUUCAUUAGCUUUACUGUACAAAAGAGCUUCACAAAAAUCUUUAUUGUCCCCAGAAAAUUGUACAAAUUCCCUCAAAGAGCUACAUUGUGUGCUGCACGUGCACAUCUGGCUCCACUGACUUUGGUUUGUUUUACAUAAUCGAAUUGAUAUCCUUGGCCUAUCAGCAUUUUGUGUAAGCUGAUAUUCCUUGGCUAGAUCACUAAAUCCAAGGUUUUCUGCUUACCAGCGCUCUUCUGAACUUGUCAGCUUCAUUUAAUGUCAUCUUCCUGCAGGCAACACCAUAAACUUUUAGAGCCAAAAUGCAUACUUUUAUUUUUUUAGGGUUUUUUUGCAACGUGGAUGUUGCAGAGUUUUAGUUUUUAUUUUUACUAGCUUUCUAUAAUAGAGACGUUAAAAUGAGCACCUGGUUCUAGUAAAAUCUAUUGACAUUAUGCAGGAAUUAAGAAUUCAAACAGAGGUAGUCAACCUUUUUGUCCAUAUGUGCAAAUCAUUCCAUGACAAAAAGCUAUGAGAGAUGUAGCGUGCACCUUGAAGAGCUGAGAAGUGGGGGAGCAGGUGUCAACUAGGAUAAGGACACUUUAGGGUGAUACUGGACAGCAGGGCCCAAGAACUUCCAUCUUCAGCUGCAUCUCAUGUCUGGUUUCCUCCUACAAGCUGGGAAUUCAUUUCAUCCACCAGCACCAACGCCAGCACAGCCCUGCUCCCAAACAUAGGAGAUGAAAUUGGCGCAGAAGCCACGCGGACUACUUGUGUGUUAGAUCAUGAGUUGCAGCAGCUAUAUUGAACAAUUUUAAAGCAUAAACCAAGAAGAGUUCAGUGGCAGAGAUCAGCAGCAGUAAUAGCAACAGAGGAGGCUGCGCUUGAAAAUAAAAUAUGAAGAUACAAGCGAGCCAAGAAAACUUGCUCACCUCAGAGUCACUCUUUCUAUCGCUGUUGUUACAAGGAAGACAAGUGACAAUACACAUUCUUACCUCACUGUUCAACUUCUUCAGGUCAUUAAGCAAUGCUAAUGGAAACAAGGAAUAUAAGCCACUCAAUGACUCAACAGCAUCAGCUCUUCUCAGUCAUCUUCAGUCCUUACAUAUUCUAUAAUUACAACAGAUGAAAGCUAUUUUUCCUUUUCCUUUCUAAAAGAUGAAAGUGUUGAACACUUUCAUUGUUGAUGCUGUGUUGAACAUGAGAUGUUAAAUCCCCUAAAUUACUACAAGAUCAGAUGCAGCUGCUAGAUGUAUGCUGAACAUCCCUGCCUUGAGAAAUACAUUUGGGUCUAGUAAUCAUGGUUUGUGAGUUCCCAAAGGCAUAAAGGGCCAAAAUAGAUGCAGCUAUCUGCUUCUGCAAACGUGGGACAUCGCAGAGGUUGCCAAGGGCAGAAACUGGUCUGUGGAUCAAAGAGCUUCCUCAUGUUAAAGGCUGAGAGGAGGAUAUGCUCCAAUGUCUGUGUUUACAAGAUGUAUCUCCAGAGAUAUGGCAGUAUACCUUAGCUGUUUUGUUUUAAACUUAAUCAAAAUACAAAACAGUCUUCAAAAAUAUUUAUCAAGAGCUAGACAAUCUUGAGCCCUUAACUUCAUCCAAGGUAGAAGUAAUCAUUCCAUGCCACGGGGAGUGCCGGGCAAGACAUUAGAGAGAACAAACUUAAUUUCCAAGCUAACGAGAAAGUUCUGGUAGGAAUUUUGUUUCAGUGACAAUAAAGACAGCCCUAGAAGAGGUUACAUUUGCAAGCUGUCAGCUCUAUGCAGGCACACACGCACAGGAUCCCAAAAGAUAUAUAUGUGCAAUCCGGCUGGCUGGGAUUGGCUCUUUCACUCAGUGAGGAACUGCUUCCAGGUAUAAACUGCAACAAGAGCAAGGUGCUUGUAGCAGAAUAUUGGAGCAGUUUUAGUUAGGUUAUGUGCUUUAACAGAGAACAAACUUUUAUUAAAACUAGGUACCGAAAUGAAUUUUUGCAUUGUUUAAUCUGUUGAGAAUACAAUAACUUAAAAGAAGAAAAAGCUACUAAAAGAAACACCUAGCAGAGCAUGCUGAAGUAUUGCUUUACUUUCACACAAAUAGAGGAUCUGUUUUGUUGGGUUUUUUUUAAGUAACGUGAUUGAAACAAAUUUUAAAUGGUGAAAUUAGGAUGCCCUGUGCUGAAUGACAGCUUCAUAUUUUGCAUGCUAGCUGCUCAGUCUAGCAGACAAAAAGAGUUAAAUCUAACUUACCUCUAGUUAAAAGAGCAUUUAUUAAAUGUUUGUGUACUUUGCGGAACUAAGACCUAAGAGAUACCCAUGAUACUUGCUUUACAUAGCGGAGAAUGAUGGGGCUUAACCUUUUUGUUUUAAAGAAUAGAAUCAAAUAAUAUCACUCAGCUUAACAAAAGCAAUAAAAGUUUUAAACAUCUCUAUAGAAGGCUCAUGGUUCAUGUUGAGAACUUCUAUGCUAUAGCUGUAAAUAAGAGUUUCUUUCAGUUAUUCUAGAAUUCCUGUAACUGAAGAAUACAUAUUUAGAUCUGAACCAUCCAAGAAACUGUGCAACUGGUCUCCAGCUAAAAGCUAAAGAACCAAAGGGCUAAAAGUGGAUUUUAGUUCCUGACUUUUUGCAGAA